AUGAGGCAGCUGGGGACGAGGCGUGCGAGUCUCUCUGCCAGUCUGAAGAUAGGACAUCACCGGGGCUGCUCCCGGACACCGGAGGAAGAGCAAGUCCACAUCCCGUUUGCACAGGACAGCCUGGUAAAGCAAUGGAGCUCCAUGCAGAACAUGACAGAUGGAAACCAGGAGAAAAGUAAGUCUCCUAUCCAAAGGAAUAAGUACUUGCUCAACAUUAACGUGGGUGGCACAUUGUUCCAGAUAGCUUACAAGGUAGUGGCCCGGUAUCCCAUCACCCGGCUCGGGAAGCUGGCCCUUUCUACAGACCCUACAAAGAAGCUGCAGCUCUGUGACGACUACUCAGUGCAGAGGAACGAGUACUUCUUCGACAGAGAUCCUUCAAUUUUCCACUACAUCUUCCACUUUUACCGCAGCGGGGUUCUGUGGAUAAUGGAUGAGAUGUGCCCCAGUAACUUUGUGGAGGAAAUUGAGUACUGGGGAAUCCAUCUAAAAUACUCCCAACGCUGCUGCUGGAUUCUGUUUGAGGAAAAGCAGGAUGAACUCAGUGAGCACCUGAAAAUACAGAAGGAGCUGGAGGCAGAACUGGAGCCCCUGCACUCAGCAGAGCAGUUUGAAGGGAAAUUUCUGGGACGGUUUCGGAAGAUCAUCUGGAACCUCAUUGAGAACCCGUACUCUUCUGUCCCAGCCAAGAUCAUUGCUGUCAUGUCAAGCUUCUUUGUGCUUAUCUCCAUCGUGGGCAUGACACUGAGCACGGUGGAGGAGAUGAAACACAUGACAGUGAAGAUGUGGAUGGAGCAGCUGGAGACAAUCUGUGCCAUCUUCUUCACCUCUGAAUACCUCAUGCGGCUCAUAUCCUCCUGCAGCUUCAAGAACUUUUUGCGAGCAGCGUUUAAUGCUGUAGACCUGGUGGCCAUCCUGCCCUUCUACAUCCAGAUCCUCUUUGAAAAUCUGGACGAAGGAGACAUGCUUUACCAUGAAGAACUGCACAAGGUGGAGAAUGUGAGCAAGCUGGGCAAAGUCCUCAAGCUCAUCAAGCUCAUGAGGAUCUUCCGCAUCCUCAAGCUGGCGCGUCACUCCACUGGCCUCCGGGCCUUCGGCUUCACCAUGCGCCAGUGCUACCAGCAGGUUUGCUGCCUCCUUCUCUUCAUCGCCAUGGGGGUCUUUACCUUCUCUGCUCUCAUGCACUCGGUGGAACACGAUGUCCCAGGCACCAACUUCACCAGUAUUCUGUGGUGGGCAGCGGUCAGCCUCUCCACUGUGGGCUAUGGAGACACUGUGCCCAACACGGUGCUCGGCAGGGUCGUGGCAUUUGGCUGCAUCUCCUUUGGCAUCAUCCUCAACGGCAUGCCCAUCUCCAUCCUCUACAACAAGUUUUCUGACUACUAUGCCAAGCUGAAGGCCCACGAGAACCAGACCAGCCACUCGCUCAAGCUCUACAAGAGGAUCUGCUUGAAGGACCGAGUCCUGCGGAAGCUGUUGGAUUGCUGCAGAUCCAACUCCUGCUGUCACCACUGACCAGCCCUUCACC